ACACUUUGCGCGUAGAUAUCAGUCCUCAGUCAACCGGCUAUUGAAUAGCACGCUACUUUUCCAUACACAUUUCGUUACCCGUACAUAUACGUAUAACUAUAGCCCUGUCGUCAGUCAUCAUUGACCGUCGUCAUACGUUAUGCGACUCGGGUCGUUUUACCUGCUGCUAUGGGUGGUCAUCGACACGGCGCUGGAGCACGCUUCCUCCUAUCGAAUAUUGGGCCUAUUCGCGCAUCCCGGCCUGAGUCAUUUCAAAGUGUUCCAUCCGAUUAUGCGCGGAUUGGCCGAAGCCGGUCAUCAGGUGACGGUGGUUAGCUACUUCCCAUCGCUGGACAAACCGCAUCCGAACUACGAGGAUUUUACCUUUCAAGGGCAGGAGCUGCUGACUAAUGCUUUCAGUCUUGAGGGCUUCUCGCGGCGAACGUUUUUGGAUAACUUUGUUGAAUUCUACGAGCUUGCCAGUUGGGGCUUUGAAACUUGUUCGUCCGCUUUGAACUCUCCGGCGAUGGAUAAGGUGUUGGCGUUGCAUCGAUCGAAACCGUAUGAUCUUAUUGUGACGGAGUUCUUCUCGACAGAUUGCAUGCUCGGUGUAAGUCACGUGAUGAAGGUGCCGUUUGUGGGACUGAGCAGCUGUGCCUUAAUGCCUUGGCACUAUGGUCGCGUUGGCUUACCAGAUAGUCCUUCAUAUAUUCCAUCCGAGUUUAGCACCUUUUCAGAGCGAAUGAGCUUUUGGGAACGAUUCGAGAAUUGGUUCGUCAUAAGAUCGGUUAAUUUAUUAUACCGCAUCGUUGAGUGGAAUGACAACCGACUGUUAACCGCCAAGUUCGGUAAAGGCAUCCCAAGUGUUAGAGAGAUCGCCCGAAAUACCAGCUUGAUACUGGUCAAUCAGCACUAUACGCUUAGCGGUGCGAGGCCACUGGUUCCAGCUGUCGUGGAAAUUGGUGGAGUACACAUUCAGAAUCAGAAACCAUUGCCCACAGAUGUCCAGAAGAUAUUGGACGACUCUCCCGAAGGGGUGAUAGUGAUUUCGUGGGGAUCCGUGCUAAGAGCUUCGACAUUACCGCAAGAGAAACGCGAUGCCAUAGUGAAUGCCCUGCGACGACUUCCUAUGAAGGUGGUAUGGAAAUGGGAGGAUGAUAGCCCAAAAGGCUUACCAAAGAAUGUCAUCGUUCGGAAAUGGCUACCACAACGCGAUGUUCUAUGUCAUCCAAACGUUCGUCUAUUCUUGUCGCACGGGGGAUUGUUGGGUGUGUCGGAAGCCGUCCAUUGCAGUGUACCGGUGGUCGUGACUCCCAUCUAUGGGGAUCAGUUCCUCAAUGCAGCCGCGUUGGUCAACCGAGGCAUGGGAGUCACAAUGCAUUACAACAAGAUCACUGCUGAGUACGUGUAUCAGUGUAUUCAGACAGCGCUUCAUGCCAGCAUAAGAGAAGCGGCAAUUGCUGUAUCGGAGGCCUAUCGGCAUAGGCCUCACACUCCUGUUGAGUUGGCCGUGUGGUCCAUAGAGAACGUCCUGAAGAAUGGAGCAAGGAGGUUGGAAAAAUCUCAUGGAAGCGAAUUAUCGAUGGUGGUAUACAAUUCGUGGGAUGUGGGCCUGGCGUUUGGGAUCAUGAUGGUCCUGUCCCUAGCAGCAGUAGUUGCGAUAUCGAGGAAACUUUCAAAUGUAUUGUUCAAAAAGCCAAAACAUGCUAGCAGCAAAAGUAAAAAAUUAUAAAUUUUAGAAAUUUUAGAAA